AUGAUAGCAUCAGAGAGAAAUAAAUGUGGGGCCACAUUCACUCUCCUGGGCUUCUCAGAUUACCCAGAAUUUCAAGUUCCCCUCUUCUUGAUAUUUCUGGCCAUUUAUGGUGUCACAGCUAUAGGAAACCUUGGGAUGAUUGUAAUAAUCAAAAUUAACCCCAAACUGCAUACCCCCAUGUACUUUUUCCUCAACCACCUCUCCUUUGUGGGUUUCUGCUAUUUCUCCAUAGUUGCUCCCAAAACAAUGAUAAACCCACUAGUAGAAGACAGAACCAUUUCAUUGGUAGGCUGUAUAAUACGAUUAUUUUUCUUUUGUACCUUUGUGGUGACUGAAUACUUUUUAUUAGCUGUGAUGGCCUAUGACCACUUUGUGGCCAUUUGCAACCCUCUGCUCUACACUGUCACCAUGUCCCAGAAACUCUGUGUCCUGCUUGUCUUGGGAUCAUAUGCCUGGGGUGUAGCCUGCUCCUUGCUACUCACAUGCACUGUUACCAAAUUAUCAUUCUGGGUUUCCAACACAAUCAAUCACUUCUGUGAAUUCUCAUUGUUCUUCCUCUCUUGCACUGACUCCUUUCUCAAUCAUUUGCUGCAUUUCAUUUUUGCCACUUUUAAUGCUGUCAGCCCACCCUUCAUUAUUCUCAUGUCUUACAUCUUUAUCAUUGGCACCAUCCUCAAGAUGCAUUCAGCUACUGGUCACCACAAAGCCUUCUCCACCUGUACCUCCCACCUGACCACCAUCACCAUCUUCCAUGGCACUAUCCUCUUCCUCUACUGUGUACCCAACACCAAAAUUUCCAGGUACAUAUUCAAAGUGGCAUCUGUGUUUUACACAGUGGUAAUUCCCAUGUUGAAUCCCCUGAUCUACAGUCUGAGAAAUAAGGAUGUCAAGGACACAGUCAGCAAAAUAACAGACACUAAAUUAUUUUCUCAUUAA